AUGGUCCAAGCCCAGUCUUCGAGUAGGAGUCUGGUUACGAGGAAAGAAGAUUAACGGUUUUUAAGGGUUUUCUAAAGGCGCUCGGCACUUGAAGGUCCGUCGGCGCGGGAGGGAGAGAUGGCCGGAAUGGGAGCGUUUUGGGGAACGAGAGUGAUGGAGAUAGUGAAGAAGCAUGACUCCGGUGGCCUUGUUUGGAAGAGAAUCAAGCUCACCUCCACUCGGAAAGCCAACGCCAAGAAGCGUCUCCAUCGCGUUUGGCAGAAUGAGGCUGUUUUGAGGGCAUGUGCUGAACCUCCUCCUUCAGAAGCAUCUAAAUUUGUAGCUGGUGAAGCCAGUGAGAAAAAGCUGGAAUAGCCAAGUUAACUAACAAAAUGAGUAAGAAACUAAAUGAACCUUCAAAGGAUUCGUUUUGUGAAUCUUUGCUUCAUGAUGGAAAAUCUCUUUUGUUACACUUCUAUAUCUGAAUUUUUAGAUGAAUGGCAUAGAUGAUCUCCCUUUUAUCCUUAUUUGAGACUAGACUAUGGAAGCUUGUUAUUCAUUGGAUUAAGGCAAUUAAUCCUGUAAUAUCUCAUAAACUUUAUUGUAACAUUAGCUAGUCAAUGAGAAUAGUCUAAACUUGCUUUCCGAUGGUGUCUAUCAAUAAACUGGACGCUUCACA